GAGCCCUGUGCAGCCUCCGCCGCCGAUGGGGGAGGUGGAGCCCGGGCCCUCGGGCCCGCUGGAGCCCCCGGAGCCGCCCGAAGCGCCAGCGAGCCGCCGAACGGCAGGGAUCCGGGUACUGAAGCGAAACAUGAAACACAGUGGGAGCAGAAGUUGCUUGAAUAGGAGAAGUAGGUUUGGUUCUCGAGAAAGAGACUGGCUGAGAGAAGAUGUGAAGAGAGGCUAUGUUUACCUUUAUGGAGCAGAAGCGACCACUGCCACUACAACCACUACCACCUCCUCCUCCUCCUCCUCCUCCUCCUCCUCCUCAGACUUACGUCUUGUCCUUUGCACGGUAGAGACCCCAGCAUCUGAAAUAUGUGCUGGUGAGGGAAAGGAAAGCCUUUAUUUACAGCUUCAUGGAGACCUGGUCAGCAGAAGACUGGAACCUACUGAGCGCCCUCUUCAGAUCGUUUAUGAUUACUUAUCCAAGCUGGGAUUUGAUGAUCCUGGGCGCAUACAGGAGGAGGCAGCAAAUCCUGACCUCGGCUGUAUGAUUCGAUUUUAUGGUGAAAAACCAUGCCAGAUGGAUCAUUUGGAUCGAAUCCUUCUGUCUGGCAUCUAUAAUGUACGCAAGGGAAAGACCCAGCUGCAUAAGUGGGCUGAACGCCUAGUUGUUCUCUGUGGCACCUGCCUCAUUGUUUCCUCAGUGAAGGACUGUCAGACUGGAAAGAUGCACAUUUUGCCUCUGGUUGGGGGAAAGGUGGAAGAAGUAAAGCGAAGGCAGUAUUCUCUUGCAUUCAGCUCAGCUGGAGCCCAGGCUCAGACCUAUCACGUCAGCUUUGAGACUCUGGCUGAGUUCCAGAGAUGGCAGCGGCAAGCAUCCAAGGUGGUGUCCCAGCGAAUCAGUACUGUUGACCUCUCAUGUUACAGCCUUGAGGAGGUUCCUGAGCAUCUCUUUUACAGUCAAGAUAUCACCUACCUCAACUUGCGACACAACUUUAUGCAACAGGAAAGACCAGGGGGCCUUGAUACUCUCCACAAGUUUUCUCAGCUCAAGGGCCUGAACUUGUCCCAUAAUAAACUUGGGUUGUUUCCUAUAUUGUUAUGUGGAAUCUCCACCCUGACUGAGCUCAACCUUUCCUGUAAUGGAUUUCAUGACCUGCCCAGUCAGAUUGGCAAUCUGCUGAAUCUUCAAACCCUCUGUCUUGAUGGCAACUUUCUGACUACUUUACCUGAAGAAUUGGGAAAUCUGCAACAGCUUUCCUCCCUGGGAAUUUCUUUCAAUAACUUUAAUGAAAUUCCUGAGGUUUAUGAGAAACUCCCUCUGUUGGAAAAAGUGGUUAUGACAGGAAAUCAACUGGAAGUCCUAAACUUAGGGGUGCUGAACAGGAUGAGUCAUAUAAAACAUGUAGACUUAAGGAUGAACCAUUUGAAAACCCUGGUCAUUGAAAAUCUGGAGGGAAAUAAAUACAUCACCCACAUGGACUUGAGGGACAAUCAGCUGACUGACUUAGAUCUUAGCUCCCUAUGCAGCUUGGAGCAGCUGCAUUGUGAGCGGAACCAGCUGAGGGAGCUAACACUCAGUGGCUUCUCCCUUCGAACUCUGUACGCCAACUCAAACAGGCUGACAGCAGUGAAUGUUUAUCCAGUACCCAGUCUACUCACUUCCUUAGAACUCUCUCGAAACCUGCUAGAGUGUGUCCCUGACUGGGCCUGUGAAGCAAAGAAGAUAGAAAUAUUAGAUGUGAGCUAUAAUCUCCUCACAGAGAUUCCCUUGAGAAUUCUGAGUAGUUUGAGUCUUAGAAAACUGAUGGUAGGACACAAUCGUGUGCAACACCUUCCAGUGCUGAUGGAGCACAUCCCCCUUGAGGUGUUGGAUAUUCAGCAUAACUUACUCACCAGGCUGCCAGAUACUCUCUUCUCCAAGGCCUUAAAUCUCAGGUACUUGAAUGCAUCCGCAAAUAGUCUGGAGUCUUUGCCAUCUGCUUGCACUGGGGAGGAGAGUCUGAGUAUGCUGCAGCUGCUUUAUCUGACCAGCAAUCUCCUGACAGAUCAGUGUAUUCCUGUCCUGGUGGGACACCCACACCUGCGAAUCUUGCAUCUUGCAAACAACCAACUACAGACCUUUCCAGCGAGCAAACUGAAUAAAUUGGAGCAAUUGGAGGAACUGAACCUAAGUGGCAACAAGCUAAAAACUAUUCCCACGACCAUAGCAAACUGCAAAAGGCUACACACCCUUGUCGCACACUCCAAUCAUAUCAGCAUUUUCCCAGAAAUACUUCAGUUGCCUCAGAUCCAGUUUGUAGACCUAAGUUGCAAUGACUUAACAGAAAUCCUGAUUCCAGAGGCUCUGCCUGCCACAUUACAAGACCUUGACCUGACUGGAAAUACAAAUCUCGUUCUUGAACACAAGACACUGGACAUAUUUAGCCAUAUCACAACCCUGAAAAUUGACCAGAAACCUUUGCCAACCACUGAUUCUACAGUUAUAUCAACCUUCUGGAGCCAUGGACUGGCUGAGAUGGCAGGGCAGAGAAACAAGCUAUGUGUAUCUGCCCUAGCAGUGGAUAACUUCGCAGAGGGUGUGGGAGCUGUGUAUGGGAUGUUUGAUGGGGACCGAAAUGAGGAGCUUCCUCGCCUACUGCAGUGUACGAUGGCUGAUGUGCUUUUGGAAGAGGUGCAGCAGUCAGUAAAUGACACAGUUUUCAUGGCUAACACCUUCUUGGUAUCUCACAGAAAAUUAGGAAUGGCUGGCCAGAAGCUGGGCUCCUCUGCUCUCCUGUGUUAUAUCCGACCUGAUACUGCCGAUCCAACAAGUAGUUUUAGUUUGACUGUGGCUAAUGUUGGAACCUGCCAAGCAGUCCUGUGCCGAAGUGGAAAACCAGUGCCCCUCUCUAAAGUCUUCAGCCUGGAACAGGAUCCAGAAGAGGCGCAAAGGGUGAAGGACCAAAAAGCCAUAAUAACAGAGGACAACAAAGUGAAUGGGGUAACCUGCUGUACUCGGAUGCUGGGCUGUACAUACCUCUACCCUUGGAUCCUCCCCAAACCUCACAUAUCUUCCACUCCGCUUACCAUUCAAGAUGAAUUGUUGGUUCUGGGGAACAAAGCAUUGUGGGAACACUUGUCAUAUACAGAAGCUGUCAGUGCAGUGCGUCAUGUGCAAGACCCACUGGCAGCUGCCAAGAAGCUGUGUACUUUAGCACAGAGCUAUGGUUGUCAGGACAAUGUGGGGGCGAUGGUGGUUUAUUUGAACAUUGGUGAGGACGGUUGCACUUGCGAAAUGAGUGGGCUCACCCUCCCAGGUCCUGUGGGAUUUGCUUCAACCACCACCGUCAAGGAUCCCCCCAAACCAACCACUCCUUCCUCAAGUAGUGGUAUUGCCUCCGAGUUCAGCAGUGAAAUCUCCACGUCAGAGGUGAGCAGUGAAGUAGGCUCCACUGCUUCUGAUGAACAUAACACUGUUGGUCUGGACUCUGGCUUGCUCCCAAGGCCAGAGAGGCGAUGCAGCCUUCAUCCAACACCCACCUCUGGGGCUAUUCAGCGCCAGCCUUCAUGUGCGACUUUCUCAAGUAAUCAGUCUGACAAUGGCCUGGACAGUGAUGAUGACCAGCCUGUAGAAGGGGUCAUAACAAAUGGCAGCAAAGUAGAAGUAGAAGUAGAUAUCCACUGCUGUAGAGGAAGAGAGCUUGUGAACUCCCCUACUCUUCGGGAGAAUUCCCCUACCCCCUGUCCUGAGGAGCAUCCUAGAGGGUUGUUUUUUGGGAUCCGAAGACAGAACAGUGUGAAUAGUGGCAUCCUUCCACCAGUGAGCAAGGACAAGAUGGAGUUGCAGAAGUCUCCCUCCACAUCCUGCCUCUAUGGAAAGAAACUCUCCAACGGCUCCAUAGUGCCCCUGGAAGAUAGCCUGAACCUCAUUGAAGUGGCCACAGAGGCACCCAGGAAGAAGACUGGCUAUUUUGCUGCCCCUACUCAGCUGGAACCAGAGGAUCAGUUUGUUGUACCUCGUGACCUGGAAGAAGAAGUGAAGGAGCAAAUGAAACACCACCAGGAGAGCAGGCCUGAGCCCGAGCCCAGUGACGAGGAUCGGACCGAGCUUCCCGAGGAGUUUGACACAGCGCUAUAACUUUCCCACGGGAGCCACGGUGUUAGGCACAGCUGUGUAGUGUUGGCGAGGGACCCUUCCAGAGGCAUUUUGCCUCUGCAUUUCUAAACCAUGACGAAUGGGGUAGAAUGCAGAGCCAAAAAAAUGUGAGCGCUAUCAGAGUCUUGCUCUGGAUAAGCUAAUCGCCACCAUCAGUGUUAAGUUUCACAUUAAACCUGCACUGGAAUCCCCAGAUUUACUGGGAAGAAAGCCGAGGUCGUUCUCUUAUCAGUCCUACCACCUGCCAUUAACCCUUUCUCUCCUAGGAUAAUAUUGAGAAUUUGCCUGCCUGGGCAGGAAAGGGACUAUUUCUGUGGAGGAAAUAACUGAAGAUUGAUUCUCUUUACUAAUUGCUGCUGAUGGAUCUCUGUGACAGAGAAAUCACCUUAAAUCCCAGCCUAACUGAUGGGCUGGGAUGGGAUGUGAUGUGACUAGUCACAUGACUCUUCAUUCUUCUCUACGAGAAUACAGUCUAUCAAAAUGACAUUUAUUGGAAAUUUAGAACCAAUCCAAUCAAACAGAUAAUUUAUGUAUGUAAUGUAAUCAGAGCACUUUUCAUUGUGAACUUUUUAUUUUUGAAUCUGCACUCGAGCCAGUCUUAGAGGCAGCUGGCAUCUUUGUCCAUAGGGAGAGAGAAUCAGGUGUUGCAGCCUUCUGUGAGGGUACUAGGAAGGACCACAGGAAAUGGAUUUCACUGUUGGAUGUCAGACUGUGAAAGCUCCUGAGAAACUCAGGGGGAGUAGAAUCUUCUUUAGGGGAUGAAGAUGAGGAAGGAGUGAGGACUAAGACUACUUUCCCUCAAAUCCAAAAAAAGAGAAUAAUUCCUUGACAAAUGUGAACCUGCCAGGAAUUUCCCAGCAGAUCACAAGGUGGGAAUUUGGAGAUUGGCCCCUUCCAGUAACACAUGAUAGAGUCGGCAGUCAGCCUCCUAAGAGGUAAGGCCAAGGCCGACAGAGCUCAUGUCCAAGUAACCUUGAGUUAUAGCAGAUGACUGAACAGAGGGAGGCUGAACGAGAACAGAUGGACGGAUGGAACUCACAUGUCAGAUAGGUUCCUUCUCUUAUUCUAGAGCAGAGGGAUGGUUUAUGGAAACGUUGGAAGUGAGUUGCGAGUUCACCUCUUUGAGGUUUAGCAGAGUACUCUCCUGAAUACCAUUUACCCACCUUCCAUGGUUUCAGAGUACUGGGCUCAAGUACUAAUAUAAGACAGACUCUUAGUUGAGAAAAUCCUGAGCUUACAGAAAACCUGGUUCACUAUAUUUUUUGCACAUUCUCUGCAUCUUUCUGUUCAGCUUCCUUUUCCAGUAGAUUUACUUAGGAAAAUUAACGCCUAUUUAUUCAUGCAAAACUUUGACAUCGCUUGACUUUAUCUGAUGGGGAAUGUGCUUUAAAUUUUUGGAAUACUUUCACAAUUAAAAAGGAAAUAGAGUGGAACUAUUUUUAAUUUGUUCCGUCAGGGAAAAAAAAAGCUAAAGGUAGGAUUGAUUAUAAAUAUGUUCCUUUGUGGUUUGUGAAGUAGAAAACCAGAUGAACUGUCCAUGAAUGGGUAUAUAGUCUUCAUUUUCUCAGAGGCCCCGUACGUGUGUGUGUGUGUGUGUGUGUCAGUGGGGUACACUUUGGUAGAUUCUGUACCCUUCCAAUGCACAACCCCUUGAGAAUCUGAAUUUGAGUCCCCAGAUUGCUAGGAACACUUUACUUCUCUUUGUCCAGCUACUGGUCAGCUACUGAAAAAUUUUAUAACUCAGGUCUUGGAUUUGCAGUGGGGAACAUGGGGGCUCCUACAAAGUUAAGGUGCUGUUGAAAAGAUGGGAACAAUAGUGUGCCACCUUAUUUUUAUAUGGGAAAAUGAAAAAAAGAAAUGAAAAUGAAGGAAAAAGCCAAGAGUAUAGUGAUGGGUGGUAUAGAACAUGUUCCUACCCAGAUAGCAAAAUUUUGUGUUAUAGAAUAGCAAUGUCCAAAAAUAAAGGUUAUUUUGGGAAUGUACCACUUUAAUAAUAAUAGUUUUUAAAAAGUUGUCUUUUAUCUGUGAAUCCUUUUCUUCUAUUUGUUUCUACCCUCUGGAACCACAACAAAACCCAGUUCGGAAAUGACCUUACCAAAUGUAAAUGUAUUCAGCAGAAUUCUGAAAUUCCAAAUGUUCUUUUAUGUGGUAGAAAAUUAAUUUUAAGAAACAUUAGGUUGUAUUGAAAAACAUUAGUAUAAGCUAUACCAAAAUUUAUUAUUCUUUUUGUAAUUUUAACCUAAUUAAUUGAUUUCCCUGUACAGUUUCUGUGUUCAGAGGGUAAAAGGGGCAUAGCCUGCUAACCAAAAGCAUAACAGAACUCUUUAAACCUAUGAGGUAAUUUACAGAAAUUGUGUUACCUGAUUAGGCUGGCAGAUGGUGAAAGCCAGUAAUCUCUCUCCAGGUGAAUGUAAUUUAUUACCCAGUUCUUUACUGAGAGGAUGUGUUCCCCAGAGAACAGUUGAUCUCUAGCCCAGAGAGUCUGGCCUCUGCAUGAUUCUCAGGUCUCUGUGUGUACCUCCCAUUUAACAGAAGAGCUUAACAGAAUUUUGAAAGAAGAAUACUCCUGAUUAUGGGAGCAGUUCAUGAGUCCCAUGGACAAAAGGAAAUACAUGAGUCUUGGCAGCCCUGGUAUUCUUAUUUUUAUCCAGAUGGAUUGGAAAUAUAUUUGAAAAUUUGAAUGUCAGUAUGACAUGAAGUUACAAUGCUACUACAGAGUCAUUGAAUACCACUCCUAAAACAAAUGAGGGCUUUAUUAUACUACUGUAGACUGUAUGUGUGCAAUAAGUUUACAAAUUCAUUUUUCUGGUGUAUAGAAGAGCCAACUCAAGCAGCUUGGUAAUCAUUGGGUGCUAUUAUAAUUGUUAGUAGCGAGUGCUGUUUUCCAGGAGCUGGAGCCAGUUAGGUUUGGCCGAUCUACUGAAUAUUAACUGAUGCUCUUCUUUCCAUGUGGAACUUCAGCAAAAGCAGGUACUUGGAAGCCACAGGCUCACCUUCUCUAUCUGUUCAAUAAUUAUCAAUGAAGAGACCUCCAUAAGGGAGCACUUGACUAUUAUUGAUAAAUUACCAAUUACUAAAUAGUCUCCAAGCCAUUCAGUGAUGUCUGCAACAUAACUAUAGAACUGUCUUGUGUCCCUUUUUACUUCUUUCUGGGUGGAGCCUUUUAGGCUCCCCAAUCAUGGAGGCAAGUUAAUCUUUCUCUCCGGUUAGUGACUUUUGCCUCAUAGUUGGGUGUAAGCAUUUCCUAGAUUGAGAAAAGCAGCUACAGUGAAUCCUGCCCUGUUUCCCUCAUUUGGUGAUCACACAUAAGCUCCUUGUAUUCUGAAUUUCAUGCACUUCUCCCAGAUGCUAAAGGGUUUUCUCUCACUGUUGCCAGUGGACGUCAUCCAGACAGUGGGUUCAUAUCUUAUGGUUUUGUGCAAUCAUUGUCAUAUUGUAGUCUUAAGACUCAUUAUAGUGUAUUUUUGAUAUUUUUGAAAUGUGUUAAAUUUUUUAAUUCAGUAAUAUGAGCCAGAGCAUGUUGCAGCAAAUCUAUUGUUUGUAAAAAAAAAAUAACAGUAACAACAAUAAUAAAUAAAAUAAAAUGGAGUAUCUUUUUCAUGGCUUUGUUUUAAGAUGGAGUACCUAUUAUUUUACAAAAAUUUUAUUUUAGCAUGAAACUGUAAUUUUCUCUCUUAACUUGUAUGUAGAAGUAGUUUCUUAACCAAAAGCACCUUUAGGAUUCUUCUGUUUCUUAAUUUAGGGGAAGAUAAGCAAGAACAAAUGAAUAUUUGAAACCACAUUCCAUCAUGCUUUAUGAAGCUGUGAGUUAAGGCAAGAAUAAAUAUUUUUGAUUGCUUUUUCAGCUGAAACAGCAAUAAAGAUUUUUACUUUAAGAAUCAUUA